AAAGGAGAGAAUGUCUUGGCUGGAUGAAGUGCCCAUCAAAAUCCUUUUGGGCUCCCUUGGAAAGAGCAAAAAGGAGGUGGAACUUGUCACAGCUCCAGAAAUCAUUGUGCCAGACUAUCUAAAGAUCCUCCAGGAAACAGAGUACACCUUCAGUCUGGAGAAUUGGGUUCUGACGGGUAUGCAGGGUGGCUACGCUGUGCCGAGUGCACAUCACCCCAGUGUAACCCCGAAAGCAGCAACUUGUCCUCCUUACUGGAUGCUGUUCAGCAGUCCUCAGCAGAGCAGGCUGGCUGGCCGCUGGAGCAGUGACUUCUGGGAACCCAAUCCUCUGCGACGCAGCCGCAGUCUUAAUGCGGCUCAAUUCCACGUUAUGAAUGACACGGUCAAAUUCACCAUUUCUGAUUCAGACGAGGACGAAUCUGCUGAUAAUGAGGAGGCUUCCUUCAUUAGACCAAAAUGGAACAGUUCAGGGUUAAAAAGACAAGAGCAAGAUGUGAACCUACCUUCACAGAUGCACUCUAGUAUCUUACAGUGCUCUUUUCCAAGUUUAAAAGCACGAGAAGAGAAAUUAUGGAAAAUACAGAACGAUGGUGACUCAUUUUAUGAGCUUGCAUCUCCAAGCCUGAACUCUAGUGUGCCCCUGGCCCCCACACGGCCCCUCGGUUCCCAUGCGACAGUUCAUGACUCGUCUGUGGAACUGCUCUCAGCUCUCAGCCCUGAAGAACGAAAGCUUUUACAGGCUGUGACGCAGCAUGGCUACUCAUUACGGACAGCCAUCGUCGCCCUGCAGAAAACGGGCCAUCGGAGCCCAGAGCAGAUCCUGAGUUACCUGGUGGCAUGCGACCACCUGUGUGAACUUGGUUAUGAUAAAACUCAAGUAGAGGAAGCACUCGAAAUGUUUCAAAACUGCGAGAAACAGGCUGAGGAGUUUCUUCGCCUCCUUACACAGUUUCAUGAGAUGGGCUUUCAGCAGAAUGCCAUCAAAGAAGUCCUGCUAAUGCACGGGAACCACCGUGACCAUGCCCUGGAGGAGCUCAUAAUGCAGGUCUCCUGAACAAUUCAGGAAUUAGGCAUUGCAUACAUUGUUUUAUAUAUUUUAACUUGUUUAUUGAUUUAAUAUAUCAAUUCUCUUAUAAACAUAUUUUUUCAAAUCAGGACUUAGAUGAUAAGUGCUAUAUAAUGUUUAUUUUAGUUAUUAGUAUGAUCUUUUUAUGAGAUGUCUCUAUGCACAAUGUGAGCGUGAUUGUCUAAAAGCAGCCAGAUUUUCUUAAUGAAAUGUCCACAGAUAACCAUUUCUGUUACAUUUAUGAUGGAAAAUAAUCAAAAUGUCCU